AUGGGCCUGCCGAGGGAGACAGAGAUCGUACCGUCUAAAUCUUUCCUCGAAACUGGUCGAAGAUCCCUCGCUGUCUCUUCUUCUCUUCUUGCCAGAAGGACAAGGACAAGUCAACAGCACCAUGGCUCCGCCAAAGAAAACAAUGCCUCUCCCCCUCCCCGUCCUGCUACAACUGCUACGACUAUUACGACUGCUCUUGCGGGAAACGACCUGAAAAAGAACAAACGGCUGCAGCUGCCACAGUCGCAGCAGCAGCAGCAGGGCAAGCCGAAAAAGAUAGUCAAAAGAGUCCAUUUCGCGGACGACAAUGGUCCUGGGACUCGCUCUCAGUCUGGACUUCGGACUCAGUCUGGACCUCAGACUCAGAAUCAGACUCGAUCUCAACCACAAUCUCAACCUCCUACACGCAUCAACAGGACGAACGACCGCAGAAGGACGCUCAGAUCUGCGUCUGCACCGGUGAGGUCCUCUGCUUCAGCACAAAAAGCACAGUCCGCUGCCCCUUCUGCUCCAAAGAAGGAAACCAGAAAUGUUAUGGCCAUCAGCUCGAUUCUGAACGAGUCUGAGGGUCAUGACCAUGAUGAUAAUCGUUCUUCCGUCAACCACAGCACUCGAGUCAGCGAACCAGCUAGACCAGAACCCAGACCCGGACCCUCUCUUCUCCCUGGUCCUACAUCUACCGCAUCUACCAACUCUCAGCCACUCACUACGAAAGCCAACAACAACGAAAACAACAAGAACAAGAAACCCACCCGCAUCGCCAGCCCUGACACAAUGGAUAUAACAAUGAAACAGUUCGAGGAAGACCAACUCCCAGACGGACAAUCCAUUCCAUUCGACAACCCCAUCGAGUUCUUCCAGCAGCGGAAACAGCUACACUGCCGUUUGAGUUUUCGUGAGGGUGCUGCCUCUGACUGCAUUGCACACGACGUAUGGGACAGCUCGCAGCUCGUUCUUAAUCAGGGAGUGAAUGUUAUGUCCAGUGCAGCAGGAGUGAUGGUGGAUAUGAGGUUAGUUGAUUAUGGAGUGAAUAUGAACAAGGAAUGGAUCGAAUCUGGGUAG